ACAUCGAGGUGGAUGGCAGGCUAUGACAGCAGCUAACGUGGCUUAGUCUAGCGCUACACGUAUUAAUGACUUGCGACCCACACGCAAGUUAUACACAAAUUCAAGCAAAUGUGCAUUCGCUUUUCGCCAUUUGGCUAAGCAAUGCGCUCGAGGACUGUACGGCGAUUUAGCGACAAGUGCGUCAGGAUAAGUUUCUCAGGAGGGUAAAUAAGCGCUUCCAUCAUGUCAGUGGUCGGCAUUGAUGUGGGUUUCCUAAACUGCUACAUUGCCGUGGCCAGGAGCGGUGGCAUCGAGACCAUCGCCAACGAAUACAGUGACAGAUGCACGCCGGCUUGUGUCUCUUUUGCCGCCAAAAAUCGCAUCAUUGGAAACGCCGCCAAGAGUCAAGUGAUAACAAACUUCAAAAACACAGUCCACGGCUUCAAAAGGUUCCACGGCAGAGCAUUUGACGACCCCUUUGUGCAAGCAGAAAAAAACAAACUGCCUUACAGUUUGCAUAAACUGCCCGAUGGAAGCACUGGGCUUAAGGUACGUUAUUUGGACGAGGACAAGGUGUUCACAGUGCAGCAAAUCACAGGAAUGCUGCUCAGCAAGCUGAAGGAGACGUCAGAGGGCGCCCUGAAGAAGCCCGUGGUGGACUGCGUGGUGUCUGUCCCCUGCUUCUUUACAGAUGCCGAACGGCGCUCUGUGUUGGAUGCAACACAAAUAGCAGGUCUCAACUGUUUAAGGCUAAUCAAUGACACCACUGCAGUGGCGUUAGCUUAUGGCAUCUACAAACAAGACCUUCCCACUCCAGAGGAGAAACCUCGCAAUGUUGUAUUUGUGGACAUGGGCCAUUGUUCUUACCAGGUCGCCAUCACGUCCUUCAACAAAGGCAAACUCAAGGUCCUCGCCACGGCGUUCGACCCCUAUCUAGGCGGGCGUAAUUUUGACGAGGCCCUGGUGAAUUACUUCUGCGAGGAGUUCAAAGUCAAGUACAAGCUGCACGUACGAGAGAACCCGAGGGCUGUGCUGCGACUGCAUCAGGAGUGUGAGAAGCUCAAGAAGCUCAUGAGUGCCAACUCCUCCGACCUGCCUCUUAAUAUCGAAUGCUUCAUGAAUGACAUUGAUGUUUCCAGCAGGAUGAACAGGGGCCAUUUUGAAGAGAUAUGUGCCCAGUAUUUAAAUCGCGUAGAGAUGCCGCUGAAGGCCGCCCUCGAACAUUCAAAGCUGAGCCGAGAGGACAUCUGCUCCGUAGAAAUAGUCGGAGGCGCCACGAGAAUGCCGGCCAUCAAAGACCGGAUUGCCAAGUUCUUUGGCAAAGAUGUCAGCACAACGCUCAAUGCAGACGAAGCUGUCGCCAGAGGCUCCGCCCUUCAGUGUGCAAUCUUGUCUCCAGCCUUUAAAGUGCGCGAGUUCUCCAUCACCGAUGCGGUUCCCUUCUCCAUUACUCUGCGCUGGAAAUCACCAACAAAGGAUGGCCUCGGAGAAUGUGAGGUGUUCAGUAAGAAUCAUGCUGCCCCUUUUUCCAAAGUGAUCACCUUCCAUAAGAAGGAGUCUUUUGACCUAGAAGCCUUUUACAGCUGCCCUCAAGAGCUUCCAUAUCCAGAUUGUAGGAUAGGAUGCUUUUCAGUACAGAAUGUGGUGGCCCAGCCGGAUGGAGACAGCUCCAAAGUGAAGGUCAAGGUUCGCUUCAAUGUUCACGGCAUCUUCAGUGUGUCCAGUGCCUCUUUGAUUGAGAAGCAGAAUGGAGAGAGGGAAGACAUGCAGAUCGACACAGAACCACUUGUGCAGAAUGAAGUCAGAGUAGAGGAACAGACCAAAAUGCAGGUAGACCAUGAAUUCCAAAGCCAGGGGGACCAACCAAAUGAAGACAAUACUUGCAUCAAUAAGGAGGGUGCUGGUGCUGCAGGGGACAAGCAGGAUCCAGCAGCAGCAGCAGCAGCAGCAGGAGUGAACAAGGCCAAAGUGAAGGUGAAGGGUGCUGACCUGCCCAUUGUGGCCACCAAUAUUAGACAGCUUGACAGUGAGGUGCUUAGCAACUUUGUCCAGUUGGAGCGUCAGAUGAUCGUGCAGGACAAACAGGUGAAAGAGGCGAAUGAUGCGAAAAAUGCUGUGGAAGAAUAUGUUUAUGAUCUCAGAAACAAACUGUGUGGCAUCUAUGAGAAAUAUAUCACACAGGAAGAUAGCAACAGGUUGACGUUGCUACUGGAAGACACAGAAAACUGGUUGUAUGAGGAAGGGGAGGACCAAUCCAAAGACGUCUAUGUGGAAAAGCUGAAUGCACUCAAAAGUUUGGGUCAGCCGAUUCAAGACCGGCACAGGGAGCAUGAGGACCGGCCGAAGGCUUUUGAGGAGCUUGGCAAGAGGCUACAAUGCUACAUGAAGUUUUUGGAAUCUUAUAAGCAGAAGGAUGAGCGUUAUCUCCAUUUGGCUGCAGAAGAUGUCAGCACUGUGGAGAAGUGCUUGAAUGACAGCAUGGUGUGGAUGAACAGCCAGAUAAAUGUGCAGAGUAAACUAGCCAUCACUCAAGAUCCAGUUGUCAAAGUAGCAGACAUCAUUUCUAAAAUACAGGAAGUGCAAGAUGUGUGCGCUGCAGUGAUCAACAGGUCUAAGCCCACAGUGGAGGAGACACACGAGGGGACUGAUCAAAACAGCGGCGCGCCGAAUAACGGCCCGAUCGCCAACCAAAGCCCAGAUGGGACGGGGGACGCCAAAGGGAGCCAGCACACAAGACAUCCGGCAAAGGAGAUGGAAGUGGACUAAGGAGAUUGUCUGGCAUCUCUGCAUCUCUGUGAUGACCAUCAGUGACCAUGUAGGCUGUAGGGAUAGUGUUACAGUACCUGGGACCACUUCUCAACCCUCACCGGCCACACAGGUGGAUUUGGUGGCUUUGUUUCUCUCCGCAAUUUCAGUUUGCACUCUUAUGCCCAUCUUCAUGUGUGACUAUGGUGUGGUUCCCCUUUCAAAAGCUUUUGAUUAUUAAAGAAGCCAUGCAAUAGAUUGAAAUGUUUUACCUUUCCCUUUCAGGAAGAAUUGGCUUUCUGUGUCUUCUAUUGUAGCGUGUGACUACCCCCAGGCCCCUGUUCCCUCUCCUUUCCCCAGGAAAACCAGAGUAGCAAACAGCUGUUACCAAACUGUUAGGUUGUAUGCUGUAGUACUAAUUCAGUAUAUAUUUGUAUGUAAUAAAUUUGGGACUAUAUGUUUAAGUCUAUAAAAUUAAAAUUCUAUUUUAAUAUUUAAUUAAGAAGCCAUCAUCAUGUUUACGGUACACAAGAACACAUUCCCAAUUGUAGCAUGGGCUAAUUUAUAGUCUGUAGGAAGUGAUGGGCUACCUAUUUUCUUGUCGACUCUCUUGCAAGUUUCCGUUUAGGAUUUAAAGUUGGAAAAAUAAACUCAUCUAGCUGUAAAAUUACGAGU